GUCAUUCUAACCCUCUUUUCUGGAAUCUGAUAUCCAAGGUUUAAAUAAUUUGGGUAAGGGUUAUUGUGGGCUAAGGCUUAAAAUGCUCAUACCAGACAGUACUUCAUGGUGAAAGAUUCGAUUAAGCCACUUGGAUUUCACCUCUCGACAAGAAAAGAUAACCCUACGAGGAAAGGAACUGCUGACAAUACAUGCCAUGGGUGCUUUAGAAGAAACCUUCCUCUCAAGCCAGCGGUUUUUUCAUUGUGGGGUUUCCUCGAGCAGUUACUUGUAUAUACCUAUCUUGAACUCAAAUCUCAGAAGAAUCAGGUGCUAACUUAGCAGAACAGGUUUUGCCAUUCAAUGCAACUAUAUAUCCAUCUCUCCAUCACGGUGGUCCGAUGCAUCCAUCAAUACUCUUGAGGCUUCCAUUUUUUUCCCCUCUUCCUAUCCUUACCACAGAAUUUUUGAAGUAGGCAUGGCCAAUCAACCUGGAAGGCGGCAGCCAUUUCGCUUCUGGUACUGGGCCAACCCCACACAAACUGCACGCCCACCUCGACGGCCGGCUGCCCGUGGUCCAGCAAGAACACCAUCACCGUCAGCAGCAACACCGUCACCGUCCAGGAGGCCUUCAAGGCUACCUCCAGCAACUUUGACAGCUCCUUCACCAACCAAAGAAGCCACCCAGCCCCAAAAGGAAGCAGCAACUCAGGAAGUCUCUCCUGCCCCAUCUUUAUCUACUGCACCUGUCUCACAACCUGAAUCACCCACCAAAAAGCCUGUAGAGCCCGAAGCACAAGAUUCUGGGCCUACGGUUGGGGCCUUGUCUCAGACCACCGAGCAACCCCAACCCGAACCGGCUUCCCAGCCACCUGGCGCUGGAAGCCAGACCACAGAGGUCUCGGAGCCUGAAACAGUAUCUGUUGAUAUUGUUCUUGGCACGACUCCUACGCAAGAUGCUAUACUUGAAACAGAACCCAAGGAAAUCAUAGAAGAAAAAUCUAUAACAAGCGAAGAACAAGAAUCCAGAAAGGAACUGCCCCCAGUAGAAGAAAAGCUCCAAAUAGAUACCAAAUCGACACAAGAUAGCGAACCUUCCCGGUUGCCAUCGAUGGAACCUGAAGAAUCAACAGAAGAGAAACAACCUCCCCAAAUCCCACAACAAAAAGAAAAGCCUGAAGAAGUGAUGAAAAAGACGGAACCUGAAGAACCAAUAGAAGAAAAACAACCUUCCCAGAUCCCACGAGAAAAAGAAAAACAUGAAGAAAUUAUUGAAGAGAAGCCAAAAACAGACUUGGAAGUGAUAAAAAAGACAGAACCUAGAAGCCCCAAGUCAGAAACUGCAUCUGAAGAAAAUAAACAUGAUGAGCCUAAAACAGAACCAGAAGCACAGCCUGCCGAGAAAUCAACUUUGUCUGGUGAUGAGUCGAAGGAUACAACUGAAAUCCAGAUAUCUGUCACUGAACCUCAUUUCGAAGAACCCGAACCGCAUCUAGACACACGUGAGGGCGUGACAGAACCUAGAACCACUGUGAAGCAGACAUAUCUGGAUGAGCCCAAGGGAAGGGAGAGCGUUAUGGGGACUACAAGAAUCCCAUGGGCUUCACCAUCCCAUGGAGAACGAGCAAGCUUUCAUAAAGAGAUCAACGAGGGCAUUUCCACAUUGGUCCAAAAGCUGAAACUUGGGCAGUCGCAGCAGCUGGGGAGUGAGAGCGCGGUGAGUAUCAUAACCUUAGCAGGUGAGAACAAGGGUGCAACCAUGUUUGUAGGACAUGAGACCACAAGGAAGGAAAGCGUCCAACACAUUAACAAGAAAGCGGAGGCAAGCAGUGGUAAUAAAGAUGUUCAGAAGCAGAUGUUGAAUCAUACAGAUAAUGAAAAUCCAGCAAUCACUGCAAGCAUUAAUAGCAAUGUGCAAUCCAUCAACAACUCAUUGCUCCAUGAGAGUUCCUGUAGUGAAGAAGAUCCUGGCGUUCACCUGGUUCUCUCUGUCAAGCCAAGUGAGCUUGCCAAAUCGAAGGAAAAGGUUGAAUCUAGUGCUGCGAGCAAAGCCUCAGCCAAAUGACACCUAUCAGCGAAAUAUCAGGAGGGGGUGUCUUUAUAGGACUUCUCAUGGUAGCUGUGUGGAGAAAAGGUAAAGGUGGAACAAGAUGCAAAGCAUUCCAAAGAGGGUAUUAGCAGAGCAUGAAAAAGAUAUUAGAAAAUAUUGAUGCUGUCUUCUCAUUGUAAUUAUCAGACUGCAACUAUUACAGCAACUACCUUGGCUCCCAAAUAUAUAUAAAUUGUUUAUUCCACUUAUUGAAAUAUUAUUGUAAAUUACAUUUCUAUACAUUAUAAAUGUAAUUCAGAUAUCUC